AUGGCUAAUUUUGUGGAUGGUCCAGAUACAUGUGGUCACCAAAGAAAUGAUAUUUGUCGGACUACAAAUAUGUUCUUAAUGGAGAAGGAAUGCCAAAAAAAUAGGUUUCCAACUCACUGGAAAUGUGAGAAUGGGGUAUACUGUGCUGGCUUGUCAAAAAUGGGGUUGGCUGGUGUGUCGAUGGAUGCUAAGGCCAUCGCGAAUGACAUUAAUAUCGUCGUACGGGGAAGUAAAGAGAAGAUCGAAUAA